AUGGAGCUUCGCCUUGGGGCCAUGGCCGGCUGGCCCCCCAAGCUGGUCGAGCUGCUCACGGCGGAGUACGUCGUGCGAAAGGGCCUCAAGCCCGACAUCGAGUCCCUCUCCAAGGAGCUUGUGAUGAUGAAAGCCUCUCGGAGGACUCGUCUCGGCGUGGCUAAUAGUGGCAAGUCUCAAGCAAUCGCCACCGACGCCAACGUCUUCAAGAAGAUCCUUGGCAAGGCCACCGCUGCAAUGAAGAAGGUCAAGCAUCGCCACCAGAUCUCCGACAAGGUCAAAGACAUAAAGAAGCUCUCCAACGAGUUGGCUGAGCUCCGUGCCAAGUACACAGUUAGAGGCGUGGGAGCUGAUCUUGCCGCGAGCACUAGCAUCGACCCCCGUGUCCUCAAUCUCUACAAGAAAGAGUCGGAUCUCGUUGGCAUCGAAGAGUCAAGGGACAGAGUCAUCAGGAUGCUAUCUAUAGGGACCAAAGAUGAUGCUCAUGCUCAUGCUUCUGAUCAGGACCUAAAGGUAGUAUCUAUAGUCGGGUUUGGAGGAUUGGGUAAGACUACGCUAGCCAUAACGGUGCUUGAUAUGCUUAAGAAACAAUUCGGUUGUUCUGCUUUUAUUUGUGUUGGUAGCACUCCUAAUCUGACUAGGACAUUUGAGAAGAUAUUAGUGAAAUUCGAUAAGAAGUAUAAGCAAGUCGACAUGGCCAGAUGGGAUAUAGAGCAAUUUGGAAACGAACUGCAUGAAUUCUUAACGGAUAAGAGGUACUUCAUUGUUGUUGAUGACAUAUGGGAUGUUGAAUCGUGGAAAGCGAUCAGAUAUGCCUUGAAGGACAAUAAUUGUGGAAGUAGAAUUAUCAUGACUACUCGUAAUUUUGAGGUUGCCACAAAAGCAGGAGAGGUUUACAGACUGAAACCUCUUUCUCAUGGAAACUCUAAGAAAUUAUUCUACAAAAGAAUACAGAGCCAUAAAGGAGAAAGUGUUGAUGGUGUAUCAGAUGAAUUGUCUAGUAAAAUCAUAGAUAAGUGUGGCGGCAUACCAUUGGCUAUCAUUGCAAUGGCUAGUUUAUUGGUUGAAAGACCAUAUGAUGACUGGUCAAAGGUUUAUGACUCAAUUGGUUUUGGGAAUGGAGACAAUACAACGAAGAUACUCUCAUAUAGCUACUUUGAUCUACCUUCUUAUUUAAAACCAUGUCUACUGCACCUAAGCAUAUUUCCGGAAGAUAAUAUCCAUGGUAAAAAGAGUGUCAUUUGGAUGUGGAUAGGUGAAGGUUUUGUCCAUCUUGAGAAAGAGGACGGCAGCCUAUUUGAGGCUGGAGAAAGAUACUUCAACGAGCUUGUCAAUAGAAGCAUGAUCCAAACGAUGGAAGACAGAUAUGAUCGGUUCACACAAUGGUUCCUUAUUCAUGAUAUUGUGUUUGAUCUCAUCAGCAAGUUGUCGAGAGAUGAAAACUUUGUUACGUUUUUGGGAAGCAUGGAGCAACAUGCAUCUCCAGACAGUUUAAGGAGAGAGAAUACCAGCAUGCCUCGUUCGGACAGCAAGGUACGCCGGCUGGCUGUCAAAAAUCACCAUGUGCAACGCAUCCGUGAAGACGCCAUGGACAUGCCAGAGGUGAUGAGGUCACUUAACAUUUUUGAUAGUAAGAUUGAGGUUAUGGCCCCACUUCAUAGCUUCAGAGUUUGCCGUGUGCUAAAUAUAGAAAACUGCUACGUCCCGAUUAGCCUAAAGCAUAUAGGGACGUUGUUGCAUCUCAAGUACUUAGAGAUAUCUGACACACCUGUUGAUGAGCUUCCUAAGGAAAUUGGGCAUCUGAAGUCUCUCCAGACACUGUACUUAGAGAAAACAGGGCUAGACGAGCUGCCACCGGCUGUUUGUUCGCUUACACAGCUGAUGUGCCUGGUAGCUGUUGGGUUUAGAAGGUUGCCAGCUGACAGGAUGGGGAGCCUAACAUCCCUUGAGGACCUACGGCUAGACAGCGUAGUUGGUCGGAAUGCCACUGAGGACCUGGUGGUAGCGCUUGGGAAGCUGACGAGGCUGAGGGUGGCCACUAUCACCUUUUCCGAGGAACUAGAUGAAAACUUGCAAAAAGCAUUGGUGCAAUCUCUUUGCAAUCUGCAGGAACUCCGAGAACUAGUGCUUCCUUCUACAGGAUCAGCGCAACAGGGAGCCAAUGCGUGGGAAGACUGGGAGACACCUAGGCAGCUCCGUCAACUGCUUAUACACUGCAUCAUUUUGUCACGGCUGCCUCGGUGGAUCAAUCGCUGCAGCCUGCCCUGCCUCUGCUCCUUAUCUGUGAUCGUGUAUACUGUUGAAAAACAGGACCUAGAUAACCUGGCGAGACUGUCAGAGCUGAGCUACCUCCUGCUAGGGGGUUUCAACUGGCCUCCAGGGUAUACUGUUGGUAAGGACGGCUUCAGGAAUUUGAGGUUCUGUGAUGUGGGCACAGCGCUCAAGUUUCCUAUGGGCGCCAUGCCAAGGCUCGAAGAGCUGUGGUUUAGCGUUUAUGCAGGGUAUUGGAGUUGGGUAGUAAAUGAUGUGCUGUUGGAGCAGUUCCCAACAAAGGAUGAAAUCGAAGAUCUUGACUUGGGCCUGGAUAAUCUCCUUUCACUUGAGAAAGUCACCGUCACAGUCUUCUGCUCGGGUGCUACUGCCGCAGAAGUGCAGGAGGUGGAGGCCAUGGUCACGCGUGCGGUGGAAAAUCAUCCCAACCGCCCAACUAUAAAAGUGGAUCGAGCAGCUUCAGCAACAUUUCAACCACGUUGCCGUGUGCUCCGGUCGAAGGAUGAUCCUGAUGCUAGGUUCAUCGCCCACCUGCAGUCGUACCGACUUCUUCAGAAAGCCGUUAUUUCCAUCGACUGUGCGGGUGCCAGCCUGUGUGAGGUGGAGAAAAUGGAACCAGCUUUUAGGCAUGCAGCCGAGGUUCACCGUAAUCAUCCGACUAUCCAUCUGAUCAGAACAAACACCGACGAAAUGGUCUCCUCAUCUGACCAUCCCGACACAGAGUCCUUCCAACCCAGCAGGUAA